CUUUAUUUACUUUCUUGUGCUGCAGGUGUCUCUUGUGUGUGAGUGAGUGUGUGUGUGCGUGAAGCCACGUGAAAUGAUGCACAGCUGGACACUGGACUAGGGGUUCCAUGUUCCUCCGUACCAAGUGAAAGUUCAAAGUCCCACCAUCUCUCCUAGAUUGCGCUGCAUUGGCUGGGCGUCCCUGUGGCCAAGUGCAUGCCUUCUCCUCUGCCGCGCAUUCUUCGCAUGAACUAGAUCCGUGGUCACGAAUCCGGUGAAUUCCCAUCACCUCUGCCUUCUCAUCGCUUCCGGUCGUUGAGCAGUGCGGGGCAUAAUGGGGGUGGGGUGGCAGACCUCUUCCCUCUUCCUGCUCUUCUUCUCCUUCACGUACAUGAUGGCCACCACCCUUGUCCAGGCUGCUCUCUAUGCUUUCAUCGUCACCAUCCUCAUCCUCCUUCUCUACCAUCACAAGCAUGUUCAACUCAUGAUCGUCACUUUUCCCAGGGACAUAAAGGCAGCUUUGCGGUUCCUGAAGUUGAACUUACGUAUCUACAAUGUGCAGAAGAAGAACAUGAGUGUUCCAGAUAUGUUCGCCACGUACGUGAAAAAACACCCGAACAAGGUGGCCUUCAUUUUCGAAGAUGAUGAAUGGACGUUCAAGCAAGUAAGUGGUGGGUGGGAGGGGGGGGGUGUCAUCUUUCACAAUCAAGUUGUCUUUUUGUCUGUUUUGAAUUGUGUUUCUCACGUGUUUUUCUUAAUGACAAUCCAGGUCGAUGAGUUCUCCAAUCAAGUAGCCAAUUAUUUUCUGAACGAGGGGUUCAAGAAGGGAGAUGUGGUGGGUCUGUUCAUGGAGAACUCAAUUGUCUAUGUGGCAACUUGGCUGGGUCUUGCCAAAAUCGGUGUAGUCCCUGCAUUACUCAACUACAAUCUCAGGGAGCAUCCGUUGGUGCAUUGUAUCAAGGUGGCUCAAUCAAAGGCUGUAAUCUUCUGUGCAUCACUUCUUGAAGCCAUCAAUGAGAUCAGACCAGACCUGGACGGGAAUCCCCUGUAUAUGUAUGGGGAGCCUUCUGAAGGUGUCAAAGUGCAUUCUGAUGUAAGGCUUGACAAGGUAUUGUUAGAGGCAUCCAAAGAAGUACCUGCACCAGAGAAGAAGCCUGGCUUCACUGACAAACUCAUCUACAUUUUCACAUCUGGAACAACUGGUCUUCCGAAAGCAGCUGUCAUAAAACACUCACGGUACCACAUGGCUGCUUCUGCUACAUAUUAUAUGAUGAAACUCAAGUCAUCAGAUGUAGUGUAUGAUCCACUUCCCCUCUAUCACACGGCUGGAGGAGUCAUGGGCAUUGGUCUGACUCUCCUCCAUGGAGCAGUUGUCGUCAUUCGCAAGAAAUUUUCAGUUACUCACUUCUGGUUGGACUGUGUGAAAUACAAAUGCACGUUCCCAAUCCAUUCCAAUUUCCAUGCUCCAACCAUGUCAACUCAUCCUGGAAUGAGGAAGAUAGGAUACCAUUUCAUGGCUUCAGGGGUGCACUACUUAGGAAAUCUAUCAAACAGAGAGAUGAUAUAUAAUCCACUGCCGCUCUAUCACACUGCUGGCACCACAUUGGGGAUUGGGCAGGUUAUCUUGUUCGGGUGCUCUGCUUACAUCCGCAAGAAAUUUUCUGCGAGCCACUUCUGGGAGGAAGCAGCCAAGUACCAGUGCACGGUUGCUCAAUAUAUUGGUGAGAUUUGUCGGUACCUGUUGUCAACACCACAAAAGCCAGAGGAAACCCAGCACUGUGUGCAUACUAUCUUUGGCAAUGGCUUGAGACCUCAAAUCUGGGAACAGUUCCAAAACAGAUUCAAAGUCAAGAACAUCAUAGAGUUUUAUGGAUCAACUGAGGGAAAUGCCAACAUCAUCAAUGUAGACAAUCGUAUUGGUGCUAUUGGAUUCAAAUCCCUCAUCCUGCCUGGAAUCCUCCCUGUCACAUUGAUUCGAGUGGAUGAAGCCACUGGAGAACCAAUUCGCAAUUCUAAAGGCAUGUGCAUCCAUUGUGCUCCUGGUGAACCUGGAGAAUUUGUUGGGAAGAUCCAAAAGAAUCACCCCAUCAGAGACUUUGAAGGCUAUGCAGAUGUGAAAUCCACAACCAAGAAGAUCAUUCAUAAUGUCUUUGAACAAGGUGACACCUGCUUUCGCUCAGGUGACAUGCUUGUCAUGGAUGAGUAUGGUUACCUGUACUUCAAAGAUAGAACAGGUGAUACCUUCCGGUGGCGAGGAGAAAAUGUUUCAACUUCAGAGGUGGAAGCAGUCAUAUCAAACAUCAUUGGUCUAGCAGACUCUGUAGUCUAUGGUGUCCAGGUUCCAGGUGUGGAGGGAAGGGCGGGGAUGUGUGCAAUUCAUGAUCCAGAGGGAGGAGUAGAUUUGUCUGGCCUUGUGGGAGGCAUGAAAAAAAGCCUUGCUCCAUAUGCACGUCCCCUGUUUAUACGCUUGGUCAAGCAACUUGAUGCCACUGGGACAUAUAAGUUGAAGAAGUUGGAUUUGCAGAAGGAAGGCUUUGAUCCAAACAAAGUAUCUGAUCCCCUCUUCUUCCUUGAUCCAUCCAAGAAUGAAUAUGUUCCCAUCACACAGCAAUUAUAUGACAACAUCAUCACAGGGAAAGUCCGUCUCUAGAUAUGUCCAUCUGCUGCCGUUUCUCCUCAUGAAAUUUCACUGGAGAGCUAAAUAUUUCUGUUAUGAGGAUCAAGAGUGACUGAUCCCCUUUCAGAUUCUAUGGCUGAAUUUUGUUAUAGUUUGUUCAGAGGAGGAUUAUUUUCACACAAGCACCAAUGAUGGUUUGUGCCGAAAGCUCAAUGUAUGCAUGAAAGUGUAUGUUGAUGAUUCCUGUUUUGUGCCUUAUUCCUCACAUCUUUGUAGCCAUGGCCUUUUAAAAGAUAUACCCCACCAGUCUGGCAUAUGCUGGUCUCACAUCUUGUGAACCCAUUUCAUCCCAAGGAAAUUACAGGUUCACCUUAUUUUUAUUUUCUGCCUCUCACUACAGUAUACUUGCUGAGUAGCAACAGCCAGGCUCAUGGUUCUUGACAUGAUCCAUACUUGGUCUCACCCUGUGUCUUUCUCAUGCUUCCUUCUUUGAACCGCAGAAGAAUUGCAGUCCCUUUUGUCCUCUAUAUCUUUACAUUCCGAGGCAUUCCUUCUGGUGUGCAUCCAACUAUAUUCCCAAGAAUGAUGGUGCAUAUCUAAUGUCUUCACCCGAUU